ACCGGAAGCCAUAUACGCAGGAAAAGGUAAAGAGCAAGAAAAAAUCAACAUGGCGGAUGUUUAUACGGAUUCAGAUGAUAAAAAGGAAGAUAGUCGGGGACAAAAGGAGCCAUCAGACACAUCACAGACAAAAGAUGGUUCUGGCCCCUUCCAUGGAGUGAUGCCACCAAAUCCAUUUGGGCUCCGCCCCCAACUGAAAUCAGACGUUGUUACCAACUCCUCUCACUACACAUUUAAUACACACCCAGUGUAUAUUGCUCCUAGUAGACUCGGUUCUAGUUCAGUCUUUUCAAAAUCACAAACCUCAAGUGACACAGAUAACAAAGGUCCACAUAAAUCCUCAGUUCUUGCUCCUUCUAAACUGGAUAUGUUGAAUCAAACAGACAGUUCAAGCCCUUCCAAGUCAUUAUUACGCCCCUCACCCCUGUCUUUCUGUGUUCAGAAUUUAAAACAAAAAGAGAGUGAUGUUAAAAGCAAAGAGAAAGAAAAUCAAGAGAAGACGAGCAGUGGUAAUCUAGUGCCUAAUGAAGUCGAAAAUGUUGCUAAUGACCCAGAGGUCAAAGGUGAUUCAGAUGUUAAAGGUGAAGUGGAAAAGAAUAAAGGCAGUGACCCAGAGCCUAAAGCUGGUGUUUUAAGUGACUCUUUUAGUGCUACAAAUGAAGCUACACAGGAGAAUUAUUUUGCUGCUGCACUUACCAAACCAGAUGGAAAAGAAUCUGAAUCUUCUUCAAAAGCAGAUGAAAAAUCGGGGCAGUUUAUUUUUGGUCAGAACUUAACUGAACGUGUUAUGGGUGUGGCAAAGUCUCCAGAGAAAACCAAAGAAGAGUUUGUGUUUGGUCAGAACUUGGAACAGAGGGUAAUAAAAACAGAUCCCAGUGCAGAGGAGCAUAAAGAGGACGAAUCAAAAAGUGAAUGUCUUUCCCCCUCCGAUAAAGCCCUUACACUAGAGGAGUCGGCUCGAGAAUUCCAAGCCAGGAUUGAGAAGCAUGUGGAUUUCAAGGAAGUGGAUGUUGUCACUGGAGAAGAAGGGGAAUCUAAUGUUUUACAGGCUACUGCUAAGUUGUUUGUGUUUGAAUCCCAUGGUCACAACUGGGUGGAGCGAGGCAGGGGAUUGCUGAGACUGAACGAUCUGAUCACGCCCUCACCUACAGAGUUCCAGUCCAGGCUGGUGAUGAGAACUCAUGGCAGCCUGAGAGUAAUCCUUAACACAAAGAUAUGGCCCGGGAUGACCAUAGAGAGAGCUAGUAGUAAGAGUGUAAGAAUCACUGCUACAGACGGGGCCGAGGGCGUCAAAGUCUUCCUUAUUGUGACAAGCCCCAAGGAUACAGAGAACAUUCUGCGAGCUGUAGACUGGAGAAUACAGCAGCUGCGCGUCAGAGAGGACAGUGAUAAACCUCACGCAGAAAAACGCAAGGUUGAUCAAGAUGAGUCCUCAAAUGAAGGAAUUUCCAAAAAGCAAAGACAAGAAAUGCCAGAUGAGGCUUCUUCGACAGGAGGGGGUUUAAAGAGAGAGGAGUCGGAUGGGAGUGUCAUCGGACCAGAGACAGAUGCUUCUUCUACUAGUUCCACCUCAUCAUUAACAUUGAGAUCCGAGUCCGAUUGAAGAGGAAGAUCCAGCAGGGGGGGUAGCCCUAAAAAUCGGGUCACAAAGGUCUUAUACUAGGACUGCUGAGAUGGACAGUCAUAAUACUGUGCAGUGUGUGAAAGUAACAAAGGAAUGUCUCGCCAAAAUACAGACCCACAGAUGUGUUAAAUAUCAAACUGUAUAAUGCUAGAAAUUCCUCAGUGAAGGUUCAACAAUCCUCUAUUCAUUGUCAGGUUAACAUUUGUAUUUCUAAAUCAUACAGAGCUGCACAUAUUGUACUGUGUCUAAAAAUAAUCUCUUAGAAUGUGAGCUGUUCAUCAAAUAAGUGGCUGUAUGUUUUAUUUUGGGAAACAGAAUUACAGGCACUUGAUGUUUAUUAUGUUGUACAUUGACAGAUCUGAUAGAAUGCGGAAAGUUAUUCAUCAUAUUGCCGUUAUGUCAGCAUUGCGUUAUUUUGGACACACAUAGAAUACUGUAAAAGCAUGUCAGCAAAGUUAAGUUAAAUUAUAGUUAUUUUAUUCAAUUUGACAUGCAGAAGUAAAUAGCCAUUCAUAAUUAUUUGUUCACUUUUAGUUUUCUCAUUUUGGUACAUUGUUUUUCUUGUGCUUGAUAUUAACUUUGAAGAGGCAUCCUCUUUUCAUAGUAACACUUCAAGAAAUAUUCUUUUAAGCCUAGGGCAUGUGCAAAUUGAUGUAGAAUUAACAACAUAUUCUAUCAUGCUUUGAAUUAAAUGAAGACAAAUAUGUCAAA